AUGGAAGGUGAACAGUCUCCGCAAGGUGAAAAGUCUCUGCAAAGGAAGCAAUUUGUCAGACCUCCGCUGGAUCUGUGGCAGGAUCUCAAGGACGGUGUGCGCUACGUGAUCUUCGAUUGUAGGGCCAAUCUUAUCGUUAUGCCCCUUUUGAUUUUGUUCGAAAGCAUGCUGUGCAAGAUUAUCAUUAAGAAGGUAGCUUACACAGAGAUCGAUUACAAGGCGUACAUGGAGCAGAUCGAGAUGAUUCAGCUCGAUGGCAUGCUGGACUACUCUCAGGUGAGUGGUGGAACGGGCCCGCUGGUGUAUCCAGCAGGCCACGUCUUGAUCUACAAGAUGAUGUACUGGCUAACAGAGGGAAUGGACCACGUUGAGCGCGGGCAAGUGUUUUUCAGAUACUUGUAUCUCCUUACACUGGCGUUACAAAUGGCGUGUUACUACCUUUUACAUCUACCACCGUGGUGUGUGGUCUUGGCGUGCCUCUCUAAAAGAUUGCACUCUAUUUACGUGCUACGGUUAUUCAAUGAUUGCUUCACUACUUUGUUUAUGGUCGUCACGGUUUUGGGGGCUAUCGUGGCCAGCAGGUGCCAUCAGCGCCCCAAAUUAAAGAAGUCCCUUGCGCUGGUGAUCUCCGCAACAUACAGUAUGGCUGUGAGCAUUAAGAUGAAUGCGCUGUUGUAUUUCCCUGCAAUGAUGAUUUCUCUAUUCAUCCUUAAUGACGCGAACGUAAUCCUUACUUUGUUGGAUCUCGUUGCGAUGAUUGCAUGGCAAGUCGCAGUUGCAGUGCCCUUCCUGCGCAGCUUUCCGCAACAGUACCUGCAUUGCGCUUUUAAUUUCGGCAGGAAGUUUAUGUACCAAUGGAGUAUCAAUUGGCAAAUGAUGGAUGAAGAGGCUUUCAAUGAUAAGAGGUUCCACUUGGCCCUUUUAAUCAGCCACCUGAUAGCGCUCACCACACUGUUCGUCACAAGAUACCCUCGCAUCCUGCCCGAUUUAUGGUCUUCCCUGUGCCAUCCGCUGAGGAAAAAUGCAGUGCUCAAUGCCAAUCCCGCCAAGACUAUUCCAUUCGUUCUAAUCGCAUCCAACUUCAUCGGCGUCCUAUUUUCAAGGUCCCUCCACUACCAGUUUCUAUCCUGGUAUCACUGGACUUUGCCUAUACUGAUCUUUUGGUCGGGAAUGCCCUUCUUCGUUGGUCCCAUUUGGUACGUCUUGCACGAGUGGUGCUGGAAUUCCUAUCCACCAAACUCACAAGCAAGCACGCUAUUGUUGGCAUUGAAUACUGUUCUGUUGCUUCUAUUGGCCUUGACGCAGCUAUCUGGUUCGGUCGCCCUCGCCAAAAGCCAUCUUCGUACCACCAGCUCUAUGGAAAAAAAGCUCAACUGA